AUGCGCAUUGGUGCUACGACAGCACGAGAAAUAAUAAAUGAAACUUGCAUAGCUAUAUGGGAAGUACUUUCUCCCAUUUAUUUAAUGACUAACCCUACUCCAGAAAAGUGGCGAAAUAUUUCCGAAAAGUUUGAGAAAUUAUGGAACUAUCCAAACGUUUGUGGCAGCGUGGAUGGUAAACACAUCCGUAUUCAACAGCCAUACCACGGAGGAUCGGCUUAUUACAAUUAUAAAAAUUAUAAUUCAAUAGUACUACAAGCAGUCGUUGAUGCGGAGGGUAAUUUUUUAUUCGUAGACGUAGGAGAAGCGGGUAGACACAGUGAUGGAGGUGUAUUUGCUACUUCAAAUUUCGGGAAGAAUUUUAUCGAGCAAACAUUGAACUUGCCACAGCCACGAAAAAUAGAUCCCGCAAAAGAAAUUGAAUUUCCUUAUGUAUUUUUGGCAGAUAGUGCUUAUUCGUUGAAUAAAAAUAUGAUGAAACCUUUUGCUCGAUCAUCACUCACGUCAGACAAAAAAAAAAUUUAUAACUACAGACACUCAAGAGCUCGUCGGAUUGUGGAAUGUGCAUUCGGAAUGAUGUCGAAAAAAUUUCAUAUACUCCAACGGUCUAUGUUAGUCCAUCCUGAUUUUGCAACAACAAUAACUUUGGCUUGUUGUGUGUUACACAAUAUGAUUAGAAAGAAAGAAGGAAUAAUUAAUGAUGUACACAGUGAAAUGAUAAAUGUAGAAGAGUGUGACGUAAGCAGGGAACCGACAAGAGCAAGAGCUUCCCGAAAUGCAUAUCAAGUUCGAGAAAAUUUCGUUGAUUAUUUCGUUUCGCCAAUUGGUUCAGUGUCAUGGCAAGAGUAUAUGUCUAGACUUUAG